AUGGAACAACGACGAGUCCAAUCUUUUACCUCGAGUCCCUACCAAUACGUGAUGGAAUAUGUUGGGUCACAAGAUCUUUCGAGAUGUGACUCACAUGAGCCUAUCGCCUCAAAGCCUGGUCACGGAUCGUUCGAGCAACAAUCAUAUACCUACCACUAUCCCCAAGGACGCUCAACUGCGCGAUCAUUGAGCGCCCCAAUAGACGCCUUCGAUCCUUGGAUACUUGAGGGACCACCUUGCGGCAGCCCAUUAUCCACAAGCUCGUCGAUCAGCCACACUGAGAGUAUUCCCACACCACCAUACACUGGCACGCUGAUGUAUGACCAAGUGGACUCAACAGUCUUCCCACACGUUCGCUCCCCGACGAGUCAUGACGCCUGGUCGGGCGAGCCAGAACCUGCUUGGAGACCCAGCUACCCCGAGAUGACCACAUGGAGCUCGCAACAGUUCUCAUUGCCCUACCACGAGGACCCACCGUGCGAUCAUCUGCUCCUACAACCAGUUCAAGAACACGUACCGCAAGCUGGCCAUCCAGCGGCACCAUUUUACAUCCCGUACUCUGCAACGAUUCGCUACUCCGCUGCCAGGGAUGUCGAAUCAGCACCCUUUGAAAAGGGGUUGGCCAGUAACCCUGACGACAGUGACAUGGACAGCGAUUCAGAAUCUGAAGACUCUGAAAGUGACGAUGACAGCUCAACUAUGAAAUCCUCUUCGCAUCCUACCUUCCGGAGCUCUGGAGCAGACUCUAGUGUUAUGAAGCUCGGAAAAUGGGAUAAUAGUGUAUGCCCCUUCCCCACUGCCUCGGAGCCCAGGCACUACAGAUGUCCUUUGGAAGACAAAGACCAUCCCGGAAACGCAUGUCCGAAGAGAUUUGUACGCCCGGAACACCUUCGACGCCAUAUCAGGACUGUUCAUGGCAAUGAGAGGUGUCACAUUUGCAAAGUGUGUCCCAGACUUUUCUCAAGGGGCGAUAAUCUUCGGGAUCAUUACUGGACACAUGUGAACCGAGGUGGAAGGGCUGGCAAAAAUAUAAAGAUGAGCCUUACCGAGCUAAAAACCAUUCUCGGUCCCAAGGAAAAGUUGCUUGUGAAGCGUCUCAAGAUGAAGCUGCAUAACAACCAGGCAAAGCAAAUCAAGGCAAAGUUCUGA